GCGAGGUAUAAAGCUCAACCCGCAGGAAACGGCGCACACCUUCAUUUGUGUUCCUGCUGUGCUACUUGUGCGUCCAUCUGCCCGACUUGGAGCUAACGUCUUAAACACUAGUGAACUAUCGGUCACUAUUUGGAGACUUGUUCCAUAUUGGAAUGGAUACUUUUAAUUAUGGAAAAACAAUAUUACGUGAAAUGAUGUCCCGCGUUAUGCCCCGUGUUUUCGGGGCACCACUACAAAACAUGCCUAUCUCGGAUUUUCGCAAGAAAAAACUUCUCUACGUUUUCAACGUAUUUUUCGAUGUCAACCAGAGUGGAACAAUUGACAGAAAAGAUUUUGAGUUGGCGAUCGAGAAAAUAUGUACUCUGCGGGGGUGGUCCUCGGGGACUGAACAGUAUAAAAAAACCUACGACAGCUUGAUACAAAUUUGGGACGGUCUGAGACAAAGAGCUGACUCCAACAAGGAUGGACAGGUCAGCGUUGAAGAAUGGGCCUCAAUGUGGAACGAAUACGCCAAGAAUCCGGAAAAUGCAUUAGAAUGGCAAACACAGUAUUUGAGGUUCAUGUUUGACUUAGAAGAUGCCAGUGGCGAUGGCAGCAUCGACGUUGAUGAAUUUACAAGUGUAUGCUCCUGCUACGGUCUCGAGCCGUCCGAGUGUAAAGAAGCUUUUCAGAAAAUGUCUUGUGGCAAGAAAGAAGUCAACUAUGAACAGUUCCAGGCUCUGUGGAAGCAGUUUUUCAUGUCGGAAAAUCCCUCCGAUCCUGGAAAUUAUAUUUUUGGGAAAACUAAAUUUUAACCGAUUUGUGUUUGAAAAUGAUUGUAUAAGCGUCUCGUACCUUUUCCUUCAAAGUGUCGCUAUGAGAACACUGAGAUAGAUAAAUAUAUCAGUAUAAAAAUUGUUACCUAUAAUUAUGUUAAUCCAAGAACAAUUUUAUCUUAAUCUCAUUCAUAGAUUCUUACACUAUCCUACUAUAACUUGUAUUGUACAUAAACUGCAACACUGGUUGACAUCAUUUGUUUGCCUUUUUUUAGAUAAACAUCGAUUUUCAUCAACGCACCAUAGAUCAUACUAGGCACAAAGUAUUUGCAAUUUUCUAUAAAAUAGAUAUUUUUCCAGUUAUUUAGCCGUAGAGCUCAUGUAAACAUUUAAAAAUUAUCCACAUUCCGUAAAAGUGUUGCAGUUUUUCUUUUAUGAAACUACUUUCCUGGAUGUGACUAUAGAAAGGGUCUUUAAAUAUAUCGGUCAGAAAAAUGGAACUAAGUAAUAAAAUACAAAAUUUAAGUAAAGACAAUAUUCAAUACUCAAUUAAUGAAAUGAAAAUGCACAGCCGGUAUGUGUUAAGGAUUCUGGUCAAUAUUUUAUAUUUGUCACUGAAACUGUUUAUGGAUACUCGUAAAACGGAGGUAUAUCUACCUAUGUGUAACAGAAAUAAAUGGAACAAUAUGUUUUUUGUGUUA